CAGCUCUGGGGACUACCGCCCUGUUUCAGCUCCGCCCCACACUCUGAGCGCGCAGCCGGUCGGCCCGAGGGUGUCCCUGGGCACACCUAUAGUUGGCCGGGCUCGCCACAUCCGGGGCUCGGCGGGCUGGCCCGGUUGCCAUGGAAGCGGGGUCGCGGCGGGCGCGCGGGCCGGCGGAGAGGCUGCGGGCAGCCGGGUGGCCUGCGGAGCCCCAGAACCCGACGGCCGCGCCCGCCGCGCCCGGGGGCAAUCGGGCAGCGCCGCCGCCAUGUCGCUGGGCACCGCGGAGCCGGCCUCCGAGACGGGGGAUGACAGUCUGUCUGCGAUCACCUUUGACUCUGACUCUGACGCGAAAGCAAAAAAGAAAAGUUUCCACAAACCUCCACCCACAUCCCUGAAGUCACCUUAUCACUCUAAACCGAGGAAGGUGGCCUCCUGGAGAUCUCUGAGGACCGCGGCGAGCAUGCCUCUCGGGGGCCGGAUGUCCUUAACGCCCCAGAAGCUGUGUCUGGGAAGCUCCAAGCAAGGCAGUCUGACCCCAGCCCUGACUUCAGACCUCACCUUGGACUGUGCCUGGACCCACUCCCCCAGCAGCGCCCCCGACUUUGUGACCGAAGCCUUGAGAAUGAAGAGGUCAAACCUCAGGCGUUCUGCCAGCCACGGUUACGUUCCGGGGAACCCUGUCUACAGAGAGAAGGAGGACAUGUAUGACGAGAUCAUUGAACUGAAGAAGUCACUAAACGUGCAAAAGAGUGAUGUGGAUCUGAUGAGAACGAAGCUUCGGCGCCUUGAAGAGGAAAACAGCAGAAAGGACCGGCAGAUCGAGCAGCUUCUGGACGCGUCCCGAGGCCCAGAUUUUGUUCGGACUCUGGCAGAGAAAAGGCCCGAUGCUGGCUGGGUGAUCAACGGGCUGAAGCAGAGGGUCCUCAAGCUGGAGCAGCAGUGCAAGGAGAAGGACAACGUUAUCAACAAACUGCAGACCGAUGUGAAGACCACGAACCUGGAGGAGAUGCGGAUCGCCAUGGAGACGUACUACGAGGAGAUUCACCGUCUCCAUGGUCUUCUCGCAAGCUCCGAGAUGACAGGAAAGAGGCCUCCAGUGGAGAAGAAAAUAGGCCUUAAAAGGCAGAAGAAAAUGAGCAGUGCCCUACUGAGCUUGUCCCGGAGCGUCCAGGAGCUCACGGAGGAGAACCAGAGCCUGAAGGAGGACCUGGACCGCAUGCUCAGCAACUCCCCCACCGCCUCCAAGAUCAAGGCAGGCUACGUGGACUGGAGCAAGCCCCGGCUGGUUCGUCGGAUCGCAGAGCUGGAAAAGAAACUCAGUUCGAUGGAAAGCCCCAAGGCCCAGGCUUCAGAGGCGGCGAGGUCGACCUCCCUGACCCCCUCGGCGUCCAGCCCCACGUUGCACCUGCAGGAGAACGAGCGUCUGCGCGGAGCGGUGAAGAGCCUGAAGGGCGAGCGCAGCGCCCUGCACACCCAGCUGCAGGAGAGAGACCCACGGAAGACAUGCCUGUCUCCGGUUCACCUGUGGCUUCUCCAGGUGCAGUUCAGAGAUGCUGUUUCUCAGGCCUUGCUGCUCAGAGUGUGGCCUGGGGGCCAGCAGCCUCAGCGUCACACAGGACCUCUUAGAGGUCUGCAGUUCACAGCAGAAGGCAAAUCAUUUCACCUCCAGUGGAAGUCUAACAGUGCAUCCAUGCGCUGGGUUUAUAAACAUGAGGAGUCAUUUUGCUUGUGGCUCAGCUGUUUGGAGGUGAAGCAGCUGCUGCAGACGAAGGCCGAGCUGGAGAAGGAUCUGGAAAGCAUGAAGGAGGGAGAGAGGGAGAGAAGAGAGAGAGAGAAGGCGUUGAGAGAGGAGGUUCAGGCGCUGACCAGGAAGUUUCAGGAACUGGAAGGAAGGAAGAAGGACGAGGAAGAUGAGCCCGUGGCGGUGGCUCCCGAGACCCAUGAAGAACCCAGCCAGCCUCCCAGCCCCACCGCCAGCCCCUCCCAGCCGGAUGCUGAGCCGGACUGGAGCCAGGGGGGCUCCUCCCGGCCCCCCUCCACCUGCUCAGAGGGGAGGAGAGACGAGGCCGCCAGGGUCCUGCAGCGCAGGUGGAAGGGGUACCAGCACCAGAAUCGUUUGCAAAAAGAAAGGGCUCUUCUGGAUGAAGCGGCUACCGUGCUGCAGGCGGCUUUCCGGGGGCAUCUAGCUCGGGCGAGGCUGUUGUCCAGCACGGCAUGUGUCUCGGAACCCCCCAGGGUGCCGAGCCCUCCCACCCAGGACUCGCCCGAGCCCCGCAUCCCAAGCCCCGCUGCCCAGGCCGAGGGAGACCCGUGGCAAGAGGAGGCCGUCACCAUCAUCCAGUCUGCCUUCCGGGCACACCUGGCACGGGCCAGGCACAGCACCCCUGGAUCCGAAGCCAGUACCGCCGCGGUUCCCGACAGGCCGGCCCGGUCACCCGCCACGGCCCCCUCCUCUCCACCCUGCCCUGCGGCCGGUCCCGGGCAGGGAGACAGCGAGGGGAGCAGCAGGGAGACCGCCAAGGGGCCAGCUCCAGAGGACGGAGUGCUGAGGCCGCCACCCUGCUCCGCGGAGCCCCCUGUCUCGGGGCUGCAGCCCACGGCACCCACACCCGCAGAGGAUGUGAACUCCGACGACUCCGACGAGAUCGUCCUAGCACCAUCUCUGCCCACGAGGAAGAGCGCCUGCCUGCCCUAGGCCCCGGGCUGGCCUGCACGCCGUGACGCCCGUCAGGGACGCUGGGCUCAGAGGACAGGCUAGAGAUUGGAGAGUAAUGUACCUUGUUAGGAAAAGAAUGCUACCUGCUGGACACCUUGGCCUUCCCUGCCUCUUCUCUCUGUUUGCCCCUUUGAUGUUUGUUGAAGGAACCCAAGGCCUUUCCUUUACCUUUGGGAAGGGGUCGCCCUGUUCUGACCCCUGGCUGCCCCUCCCACGGUGGUCUUCAGAGCCCACAGACUUACUCCCCGGACUGGAGGGCUGCGGGGAGCCCACAGAGACGGUCUGCACGGCCCCUUCGGGCCCCUGUGGCCGAGACACGGACGGCCCCGACGACGGCGCUCCAUCACCCUCCGGACGGCUCUGCCAGCGGGUCAAGCUGGACAUGCCUGCUGUGCUUUUUGGAAGAGCAAGUGAGCAGGAGACAGGCCUACAGUCAGGGAAGUCUCUCCAUUCCUGAGACAGAAUGCAGUUCUGGAGACAUCGGCAACAUCAGGGCCCCCAGAUGGCUAGUGUGCCUCGCCCCCCCCACACACACACAGGCUCUUCUGCCACUUUCCCUACCCCUUGGGGCAGUGAUCGCAGCCAGGGGUUGGGGCGUAGAUUGCUCACUGAGUGGAUUAAGCCUUAAAAAAAUACCAAAUUACAGUCACAGAAGCAGCAUCAAGGCCGCUUCUACAGCACACAGCUGGUGCAGGGGCGUUGCUGUCCCCCAAGCCCAGCAGCAGGUGCUGCAGACUCCGUGGGGCCACCCCACGCCCCCACCACAUGCAGACCCCAGCUCUGAGGGGCCGCAGCCUGGGGCUGGAGCGGACAUGAGGGCCUUUCAGGAGCUCGGGUCUGCUUCCUGUCUGGGAGAUCAGCCCUGGCUGACGGGGGGAGCCUGAGGGUGCCUGGGCCCCCAACACCCAGGGCUGCUGCCCAGCCAUCCCCGCACGUCCACGCCGCCUCUCCCGGGACGGGCCGUGCAGCUCAGAGAGGGCUGACAGCACAAAGCCGGCUCUCAGUUGAGCCCAGGGGCCUGCCCAUGCCCUGGGAGUCUCGUCCCCGCCGACCCCCAGCCCCCCCACCUACAGCUCUGGUGUUGAGCCUCAGGAGCUCCGGCUCAGACGUGUCCUCCUCUCAGGAAUCUCUUGGGCCCUCCUCACGGUGGUCAGAAGCUUCUGGCUCCAGCACCGACGAGGUGUGUGGCCCAAGGAACUCUGUGUGGUUCUGGCUCAUGUGCGCGGCGACCUCCCAACCCAGCCGCGUCCACCCCGAGUCACUCGGGGGACCCCGGCCUCCUUCACCGUUUAGGUGCUAUUCAUACAGUAGCUUGAGAAAACGCCGGCUGGGGACCGGGCUUGAGUUAUUUUUUUCUUUAUUUGGCCUUGAGCCGCCAAAUCCACUGUUUUCCGUCUGUUUCCCCACUGGACUGAUGGCUCAUGCGGCUGGAUUCCGGCUGACCUCUGCCCUGUUUCAUCCACCGGGUCCGCUCCUCCUCUUGGUACCGGCUCAGCUGAGGCCCGUAGGAGGCACCCAGAGGUGGUGGGGGCAGUGCCCGUGGGCCUGCUCGUCCCCAGGGGUCCUGCUCCCCAGCACCCACUCAAAACCGGGUGUUUCAGCUUCAAUCCUUACUCUCAGGAGCCCAAGGCUCUGGGCCCUGCAGCAGAGAGAUCACCUUCAGGACACCACCACCACCACCCCGCAGGGCCUGGAGACCAGGCCGUGUGCAGCAGGCUAGCCAUCAGCAGAGCUGGGCGAAGUCAGCCCCCGAACCUGAGUUUUACGAGAAAAUGCCCCUGAGGAUUGUAAACGUGUAGAUGCCUGUGCUCCUUGCGUCCGGCAAUGUUGAUGUAGGAAAAGUGGAGUCUUGCAGCCAGCUCAGUAAACGGCUGACCGCAAGGCUGUGACCCUCUGACACUGCGCGGCUCCGUCCCCUGGGGAAUGCCAGGUGCCCGGCGGGCUUGCAGGGCCCGGGGCUCAGGCUGGGGUUCUAGGGCCUGAGCAGCACAGGAGCAGGGCCCGGGCUAGAGGGCCACCUACCGCGGUGCCCGCCUCCCGCAGUGCCUGCCUGCCUGGAGUUGCCCCACCAGGGUGCCCCGCAGACGGACCAGAGCGCUGGUCCCAGCAGAAGGACCAAGUGCAUUAGGAAAGGGACAGCUAUCAGCUCAGGUUGACAGGGCCAACGCUGCAGAGCUCUGCUUCAUUCUUGAGAAGUAAAUACCCUCUGGGAAAGCCACAUUCACCCUCAAGGUCUGAAUAUUUAAAAUACGCGAGAACCCACCUAAGCCAGUUCAAUCCCUGCUGUGGUUUGGGAAGCAGUGUUCACUUUCAGAAGUUCUGAGGACCGGAGGGUGGGCGUUCACAACUUCCCCGGGUCGGCCGGCUGCUGCCCCAGGACUUGGGGGGUGGGGGGUUGGGGGGGCCUCCCCAAGCUCCCCGGGGUCUGUCAGCAGCUAAUAGAGCCAGGCAAGCCUCCUUCAGGGCCAGAGGUCUCACUUGUCAGGGAGUCGCAGGGUGACGCCAGCAGGCAGCCUCCGUGGGAGGGGCGCCGUCACUUGUCCCUGAUGACGGCCCUGUGUAGUUUCCCGACCUUACGCGUAACUUAUCCGUGAACCUUUGGAAGGGAUCAGGUUUCCCUCUGCGCGGUAUCGGCUUUUGUAAAUAAACGUUGUUUGGCGGGUCUUUGUCUGGACUGCCCCGCAGA